UUGCCGCGGGCGCGGGCGCAUCGUCGGGCACGUAUAUGCGACAUAUAAACAGUCCGCCCGCCUUCGUGCUCGCUCGGUCUGGAUCGUCCGAGCGCUUCGGGCGGCCGCCCCCGCCUUCUUCGCGCUCGCUCUUCGUUCGUUCGUCGCGCGAACGAUAAAUAGAGCGGGGCCGCAGCUUAUGCUCUCCGCUGUGCGAUUAAUCGGCGGUGCCACGGGGGGUCUCCGGCCGCGAGUGCGUCGGAAUCGAACGAGCUUUUCGACGUUACGUCUCGCUUCAUCAGGAUGCGAGAAGUAUGAACACAUACAUGAACGGUUAGUAACGGCGAUGACGCGCGACCGAUGUCCUGCGUCGAGGAUACCGCGUUCGAUCCCCAGGACCGUCCGGCGCCUGACGUCAAGCAUGUCGCGUGAGUAACUUGAAUCAAGCCGAAAGACGCGUUGGCUCUCUCGAUAGUCGCGAAGUUGGCGGUGCGAAUCGGCACGACGCCACGCGAACGCACGCGUCAUUGUUAAAAUGGACCUGCCGGGUGCGAUAUUACAUCGCGACGCCGUUGACAGGUAGUCGUUAUCGGAGCAACAUCCUGUAUUGCGUCGCGACGCCACGCGCAUAUUUGUGUUGUUAUCGAAUAGCAACAUGCCGAGCAUAAUGUUACAUUUCGCGAACGUCGCGCGGAUACGCGUCUCGUUAUUGAAAUAACUUGAAGGAUUGUCCAUGGAUAUCGUGUCGUUAUUAAGGAAAGCUGGAGCAAGGGUCGCAUCGCGACAUCGCACGAAUAUUCGUUAUUAAAAUAAUAACUCUCAAUUACAUGGAUUACGUCACGACACUGUGCAAGUAUUCUGUGUUGUCGUCAACAAAGAAUCGUGAAUUGAGUAAAUCCCGAGCGACGCGUCUCGUCAACCGAAUAUCCGCAAAAUUGUGUGUCGAUUGAAAUUCGUGGUCACGUCCAGCCGAUUAGAAACAAUCGCAUGCGAAAUCGAAUCGUAACCUCAAACAUCUCCCAUCGGUCCUCGCGAGUGCAUCGAGUGCGUGAGAAAGUGCAGCUGCAGCAGGGUGCCGGAGAAGGAGAGGUUAGCCGAGGCCGACACCCACCGAGCCAAGUCGAUCAGCUGUUCCGCGGCGCCGACAUCAUCGUCGUUUCGGCAGGUAGUGAUACUACUCUACCGAUGCUACUCUACCGAGAGGACACUCCAGACAUUCUUUCUAUUUCGAGUACUUCUUUGAGUACUUCUUAGCGCGAACGUGAAGGAAAAAGGGACGAUGCUGUCGUACAUGCUGCCAACGGAAGACAAGCCACCACCCAGCAGCCAGCAGAACAAUUAUCGCGCGACCAGCAAGCUGCAGAAGAGCCCUAUCGUGAGCUCGUCGCCCAGGAAGUGCGUGGACGCGACUAGAACGAUGAUCGUCUCCACCAGGAUCGAGGAUACGUCCGGCGAUCCUAUCGUCCGGCACAAUUCUCCUCAUCCGCCUUCUCGACCGAUCGAGAGCCCCAAGCACAACGGCACCGCCGCCAUCAACACCGCGAGGAAGUCGACCCUGCACAACGCCAACAGAGUCACCAAGGACGACAGCCUCUACAGCAUCGACAGCGACGCCAGUACCGCCGGCAGCGAACGCAAGAACAAGAUCCUGAACGGUGCAAAACACGCCAGCUUGAAGAGGGUAUCCUUCGGCUCGAGCAAAGGAUCCAUGGUGGAAACUCUCGUCUAUGAGACACCAGUGCAAGAGGAACCUGAGAUCAAUCAUUUUUUGGACCACAACAGCCGCCUACUUCCUCCUAUGAUACCUGUGCCUGAUACUGACGAAGGUAGAGAAAAAGUACGCGUCUCGUUGUUAGGUCCACAACCAUCGCCGGCGACGCCCGGCGUUCUUUUACUGGAGCCGAUAACACACUUGACAGGACACCCGAUAAAUAUGGCCAACAAUUCCGCAGAACUUUUGACCACGCACACCGAGCACACCACGCCCGCCUACCAUGCGCAAAUCAGCACGGACAGCGGUUGGGACAAUCCAUUCAGGCCGGAUGGCGAUCUUUCCCGCGAAGCCGAUGAGAUUGUCGAGCUGAUAAAAGGCGGGAAGCCGAUCACGCCGACCCCAGGUCAAAACGCGCCGCCAUUGCCGGGAUGCGAUGCCACUGGCAAAUCGGCCGAGCAUGACUCGUCGAGUACCAGUCCACUCCUCAAAUCCGCGAACUGUCAUUCAUCACCUAGGCCCGGUCAAGAAAACGGCAGCGCUCAUGGUGGAACCCCCGCCAAAGGCGGAAGCAAUCAACAGCCUGUCAAUGAAAAGGUCGCUGCAUCGUCUAGAACCGCGACCGUGGAGGUUGCAAGGAUGACGGCGCAAGGUCCAGGCGACGCGUCACAGGUCGAGCACGUCACCCUGAAGAAGAAGCCUAAGUGCAAAUGCUGCGUGCUGCAGUAAUGACUGCGCGAUGCAGGCGGCAGAGACGUGCACGCGAGAGACGGAUCCUCCUCUACUGUUGGGAGUGUGAUUUCAGGAACUCUUCGGUUUCGAGGCUUCCGUAAAAGUCGCAGCUGGGCAGCUCGAAGCAUCGAAGAGCAUGAGACGAGAGACGCACCAAGGACGCGUCGAUGAAGAAACAACUGGAGAUAAUUGUCUCGAAAGAAAUGCCGUUCCGAGCACAAAAAAAACGCUAGCAUUCUGGACAUGCUUGGGACCUGAAGACAGAAGAUGACUUCUCGGAAAGACAAAAGAGAGUUUCAUCUUUAUAAUGGUAAAAAAAUGAUAUUGGGAAAACAUAGAAAGAUAUAUUUGAAAUGAAGAGAAUGUAUGUGAUUACGAGGAAGGGAUAGAUAAAAAAGUAUCAGGUUGUUGAAAACCUAAAGUUGAAAUGGAUAAUGAAAUCGAAUGAAAUGUCAAAGAAAUUUUGCGUCUUUUAAUCGCAAAGAACUUUCGACGAAGGAAAACGAGAAGCAAUACUUUAAGGGAAAAACGCAAAAGGUUUGAUUAACCAGCACACUGGGUUGAUCAAAACUUGAAGAAUGAAGAGAACAGACAAAUUUGAAGAGGUUCAGGAAGUUGAAGUUUCUUUUAAAAUGUCUUAAAAAAAUAACAAUAAAAAUAAAUUCUUAUAGAGGAAGAUUGAACUCUCAUUAAAUUAUCUCCGGGCACGGGAAAAAAUUACAUGGUCCACGUGAAAGAUUAAACGAGAGGAAAAUUAGUGCGCGAACGAACAUUGAACCGUUUCUCGAUAUAGUGACACGUUUUACAAUGGCGCGAAAGACCGAAAAGAUAGAAAAGAAACGGAAAGAAAAAAGAAAGAGGAAAAAAAAGAAAUCUAUAUAUAUAUAUUAUACAUACAAAACUAUAUUGUAGAUACAGAAUGGUAGCUGUAUAGCUUAUAUGCUUUUACUAUCGUGGUUAAUUAUCGUCAAGAUUAUCGUGAUUUCGAGAAUGCAUCGUGCGCGUAGAACGAUAGAGUAAGAGAAAGAAAGAAUGCGUGAGAGAAAGCGCGAGUGUACGACAGAGAAAAAGGAAAAGAUGAGGAUGAAUGAAAUGAUUAGCGAAAAGAGAGAAGUGCGCGAUAAGGCAAUGUAAAGUUCCGUAGGACGUCACUCGUCCAGUAGAUCUCGGUGCGAAAUACAUCAUCAUAUAUGAGGAAGCUAACUCAGCGGCUUCGAUCAUUCUUUAAUGCACUGCGAGGGAUAUUCGACGCAUUAAACAUCAUUGUGUACAGAGAGUGCCAGAUACACUGUAGUUUAUUAUAUCUGAAUUCGUUUAUCAGUUUAGAAUUUAAUCUUCAUUAUUUUAUGGAUUUUACGAUUUUAUUUGCAGUAUUUUACAGUUAUAAUUCAAGAACUAGUUUUUAUCAAGAGAGAAUUCGUGAUUUUUGACACACAGUUUAUGUAAUAGCUAAGCAUUUUAUUUCAUUAAAUUUAUCGGAGAAUUUCGUAGAUAAAAUUUUUUUAUAUCUUUCUAUCAUUUCUUAUCUCUUUAAUCGUUUUUAACGAUUUUUUGUUUGAAGAGUUAUUACUCUUGACAAUUUGGUCUUUCGCUUACUUUUACUGCAUUUCUGAAAAAUCCGUAUUGCAGGAUUUUGAUAUAUAAUCUUUACAUUCGUGAAGAUUAAUGCUGAUUCCCCGUAACUACUAUUUACGUACUACUAUUUAGUAAUAAGGCAGCUCGUUGAUAGUAUUUCUAAUUUUAUCUACGAAAUUCUAAAGAGAAGAUUAUUUUUGCGCGGAUACAAAUGACGCUUAACGUAUUGAAUGGUGUGGUUAUAAUAAAUUUAUUAUGCAUUUCUUUGCAUCCUCCACGCGUGUCUCUUUCAAAAUGUGUCGUUGAAUCAAUUGUUAGUUGCCCUCAAAUUAUCUCUCAGUCUGAUCUGUUAUGAAGAAUAUGAAAUUAAUCUCGAAUUUUUUUUACAAUGAUCAAAAUAUAUGGAUUUUUUAUUAUAAGAGAUUAUGCAAGUAUUCUAUUGUCAAUUUUAUUGCGAUAUCACAUUUUUUAAGGUCGAGAAAGAAAGAGAGAAAGUUAACUCUUCUCUUAUGAUCAAUCAUGAUGAAGAGAACUGCGCCUUUUGAGCAUGUCGAGGGUUCGAUCUUGAAGCUUCGUUAUGUUCGACCGAGUAUCUAGAUACAUUUCAUUAAUUAUCGUCAUGGGCGCCGCUAGAAUUUUUCAUCGGGGCUCACAUAUCAUUAUUAUCGCAGGAUCGUUAUUAGCUAUCUUCUGAAAUAUCAUAUAAAAUCCUUUGGUCAGGAUUAUUUUAUAGGUACGUGAAAAUGUGCGUUUUAUUGAAUUGAAAAGAAUUUGUGACGACUCUUCUUUUAGUCUUUUAUUUAUAUUUGAAUAUAUUAUUAAUAGCAGUAUUUUAUAAAAUGAAUUAAUAAGCGUUUGUUCACCAUUUUCGUCAUUUUCGGAAACUCAAAUGGGUAUAAAUGCGUUUUCUUGCACUUUUCUCACGACGCCCAUGAUUUUUGUGUAUCUGCGUUAAUGAGUUCCGCGUUUGAUCAGGGCGAAUCGAUUUAAAAUUUAUAUUUUGUGACGAUGGAUUUUAUAGUAUUAUAUAAUUUAAGUUUGCUAGUUAAAGAUACGAUAGAGCGAUUGACUUCAAAUUGAUUACAGAAUCUGUCAUUAAAAUCGAGACACUUUAGUAUUAUUCGACUCACCCUGAUUGACAGCGAAGCGGAAGUGCGUGAGGUGCCGGGGAGAGAAACCGGAUUGUUUGAACGGUAUCGAAGAUACUAUUUUCCUAAUUAACGAGCCGCUCGAGGGAGACAUUUCGGCGCCUCCUGCUUCUACAAUGGCGAUUUUUAAUGGAUGAAAACAAUUUAUUGUGCGAACUAGUCGAAGGUAUCGGGAGAUGUUAACUCUUCGUGGCGGCGAUUAAAAAAAACAUCUUUUUAUAUAUAUUGUAGUUGUUUUAAAUCCUACGCAAUAAUAUCAAGAAAAAGGAUAUUAUAUAUAUCGUUGCAUGCGGAGUAUACCACGCGAUACUGAAUCUGUUAGAAAUUUGAAUUUUGAAUUGUAAAAUAUGUGCUCCUUUUUAAAAACUAUUGCGAUAUUAAUAAUUUAUAUUAAACAAUAUAAAAUAAUUUAGUUUUAGUCUCAUAGAAAAUAGUAUGAAACAGUAUCUUUACUUUUCCCAUUCUUUAUCUGCUUCUUUCUUACAACGUGUUUUCUCAUAGCUUACGUUAAUCUUCAAAAGAAUUCUCCGGAUUUUGACGGAUCCGGAAAUGUUCGAUAUUUCGCGUGCCGCGAAGAGCGAUCGAGCGCAGUUUGCGCAGCGCAGUGCAAACGAGAGAGAUCUGUAACGCGCAUACCUACACACGAGAACCUCUUAACGUCUGUUCCCACGCAAAAUGUUGACUCUGCUGAGCUUACAGAUAUUAAACGAAUAUUAAAUGUCUUGUUAAAAAAAAAUAA